AUUGCCGUCCUAAGGGGGCUGCAUGCCGGCGGCGGUAGUUCACCCCGGAAGUGGAGGGUGUUGGGAACCGCUCUGCCCCGGAUCCAGCCUCCCUCUCCCCUCUUGUUUAUUGUUGUGGUCCCCAGAAACGUGGCUCCACCCACUCCACCAAUCCAAAGCAGGGAGGCUGUGAGUGGCAGGCGCGCAGACCAAUCGGGUGGCGGUAAAUGGUGCGGGCCAGAUGAGGUGAAUCCGCCAUGUUAGGAUCCUCUAUCACAACAGUGAGGAGCGAGCGGCGCCUGGAGCCGCCCCCUGCCCAGGGUACCGCUGAACCGCCCCCCUUCCCUGCCGGGACCGGCCUCAGGCGGCCCCACAGCAUGGAGCCCCAGGUAAACCUCAGUGUGACUUUUAGAGGUGAGACUCAGAGUUUCCUGGUUUCAGAUUCAUCAAACACUACCUGGGCUGAUGUGGAAGCCAUGGUGAAAGUUUCAUUUGAUCUAAACAACAUACAGAUCAAAUACAUGGAUGAGGAUAAUGAUGAGGUCUCUGUCAAUAGCGAAGAGGAAUAUGAAGAAGCUCUGAAGAUUGCAGUUACACAAGGAAAUCAGCUCCAAAUGAAAGUGUAUCAAGUAAACUCCUUUCCAAGUGAAACUUCGCAUUCCUGUUCCACGCAAGUCUGUGAAGAAGCUGGGAUAGAAAAACUGUCCAUUCCCAAAGAUGGAAAGAGACCUCUCUCACACUAUUCCAUGCUUGCUCAGGCCUUAGGGCAGGACUUAAAGGCUGAAAGGGAAACCACAGCACAGAAAAAGCUAGAUCAAAACGAAUCUGAAGGGACCAAUGAAAAGCCUCCAGAGUGGUUUACUAGCUACUUGGAAUCAUUUAGGGAACAAGUAGUUAAAGAAACUGUUGAGAAACUUGAGCAAAAACUAAGUGAGAAGCUCAUCCUUCAUAAUCAGCCCCCAGACUCAUCCAGCAGCUCCACCACAAUAGCACAGCCCGCUCCAGAGACCCAGUCGACACAAGGCAGCCAGUGUGACUGGCUAAUCUCCUGCAGCAACUGCCACGCCCGGAUUGUGGGGAUCCGUUACCAGUGCAGUGUGUGCCCAGCCUACAGUAUCUGUGAACCGUGUGAGACAGGGACGUAUGCACAUGAUCCCAAUCAUGUCUUGUUGAAGUUGCGGAGACCUGUUCUAUGUGUCUCUGAGACAUACAGCGUUGGGCAGUUCUCUCCUCGUCUCCCUGCUACUCUGGAGCAAGUUAGGCUCCAGAAACAGAUGGACAAAAGAUUUCUGAAGGCAGAAAAGCAAAGAUUACGAGCGGAGAAGAAACAGCGCAAGGCUGAAGUCCGAGAGCUCAAAAAGCAGCUCAAGCUACACAGGAAGAUUCACCUGUGGAACUCUGCCCAUGCGCUGGAGAUCACCGGCUCACCCGCUAUCACACCAGAGAGCCUGCAGCCCAGUGCCCUCACGAGUCCUAUCCAGCCCUGCCCAACUGUUGUCCCUACACUGAGUGCAGCGUUCGUGGAUGAGAAUUUGCCUGAUGGGACUCACAUACAACCAGGGACAAAGUUUAUCAAGCACUGGCGAAUGAAGAAUACUGGCAACGUGGAGUGGAGCUCAGACACCAAGCUGAAAUUCAUGUGGGGAAAUCUGACCCUGGGGUCUUCUGAAAAAAAGGACGUGUUGGUGCCAUCCCUGCCAGCAGGGCAAGUGGGGAUUGUCUCGGUCGAGUUUGUUGCUCCUGCUCUAGAAGGGACUUACGCUUCUCAUUGGCGGCUGUCACACAAGGGGGAGCAGUUUGGGCCCAGAGUUUGGUGCAGUAUUGUUGUGGAUCCUUCCCCAGUCACUGCCUGCCUGGAGAGGAAUCAGAAGACCUCUAGUUUCAGUCUAAAGGAUAAAGCUUCCUGUAGAAAUGAGGCGGUUUCUUCAGAAGCAGAAGGCCAGCAGGCUGGUGAGGGGAUGGAGCAGACAGACUUGCCAGUGCCAGCCAUCCCUCUGAAGAUUAAAAAUAUCCCCAGUGAGAGAGAGUUUUACAUCCCAUCAGUUGAUCUCCUUACUGCGCAGGAUUUGCUGUCCUUCGAGCUGCUGGACAUUAACAUUGUGCAGGAACUGGAGCGAGUGCCACACAACACUCCUGUUGACAUGACUCCAUGCAUGUCUCCUCUGCCACAUGAUAGCCCUCUGAUAGAGAAGCCUGGCUUGGGUCAGAUAGAGGAGGAGAAUGAGGGGAGUGGAUUUAAACCAGUACCUGAUGCUCACAUGGUGAAAGUGAAGGCUGAACAUCCAGUGAACUUGGAAGAAGGGGAAGAAGACAUGAGUGGGACUCAGUUUGUAUGUGAAACAGUCAUACGCUCACUUACCCUGGAUGCUGCCCCUGACCACAAACCCCCUCAAAGGAAGAAAUCGCUGCAGAGCUCCCUGCAAACACUACAAGACACCUUCAGUUACAGUGUAAAAAGUGAAGAAGCUAUUAGGACAAAAAGUAAUUCUGCUUCCAAACCCAAGGAAAUGGGGUCAAAGAGCCAACAGUCAGAAGAAAAUAGGUUUGAGAAACUUGCAGUGUCUGACGGAGCAAAUCUCAGUGGGGAGCCUAGUGACGCAGAGUAUGAAGAGGAGGAGGAUGUUAAAGAUGAAGUUCAAAGCCAAGUGUCCUCUGCUUCUUCAGAGGAUUAUAUCAUUAUUCUCCCUGAGUGCUUCGAUACCAGCCGUCCGCUGGGAGAGUCUAUGUAUAGCUCUGCCCUCUCUCAGCCCAGUUUGGAAAGAGCGAUAGACACUGAAAUGGAGAUGGUGAUCCCAGAAGGAGAGAGCCAGCCUCAGGUCCAUAACAUCAACGAUAUCUUAACAACUUCACAGACGUUGGAUGCAGUACCAUUGACCCCAGAGAUCGUCAGCACCCUACCCCAGCCACAAAGGAACUCCUCUUUUCUUCAGAGUCAUAGUCUCCAAAAACCAAAUUUGCCAUUUACAGAGGAAAUACCUUCAACUGUUCCCGAUCAAAUAAGAGAAGAGCCCAGAUAUGAAGACUUUCCUGGACCAAGACCUUCAAGAAUUGUAAAUAAUAAUAAAUUGAAGUGCCCAGAAUACACAAGGUAAUUGAAACCAAUCAGUUAUCACUUCAGAAUUGAUGCAUCUUGGCUUCGCAUCUCUUUGAACUAAGAGAAGCAAUUAAGGGCAUAGGUUCUCUUUGUAGGCUGUGGAGAUGGGGGGAGCCUGUCUUAGCAACGUUCAAUUCAAGAUUUCAGAAAUUCAAUUACUGAUUUCAAUGGAGCCAGAUCUUUAAGAGAGCUCUGCUCUGAUUUAUGCACCUAAAUGAAGGGGCCAAAGUUGAUGAGCACUUUGAAAAUCUGGCCCUUGACUUGCAUGCUUCUGUUGGAGCGGAGUCCUUCUGAAAAUCUGGUUUGUUGCCUCCAGGUCUUUCAGAUUCUUGGGAAAAAAUGAAAC